GACGUUGUCCAACAAUGUUUUGAUUCUGUCGGUGACGUUAUCCAGCACAAAACAAAUAUGGUUACCACUUAGUUGAGUCGAAACGCAGUGAUAAUUAGUUUAAAUGUGAUUAUUAUAAUUUUUUAAAUGAAGGGCUGAACAGAUACACUAGGCAAGGGCUCAGAUCAUGGAAGCUGGUGCAGAUUCUGGACGCAAGCUGCGCUCCAUCUGCCGGACAAUGUACGACGAAAAUGAGGACUUCUCUGACGUUGAAGAAAUUGCAAAUGUCAGGGGUUUUAAUCUGGAGGAGAAACUUGUUAGCAAUUCGUACAACAGACAUUUCGUUCAGUUGAUGGACGGCAAAGAUUUCACUUAUGAGUAUGUUCAAAGAGAAGCACUUCAGACCCCUCUUAUUUUCAAAGCCAAAGAUGGACUGGGGCUCAGAAUGCCAGACCCGGAGUUCACCGUCAGUGAGAUUAAGGGUUUGGUUGGUAGCCGUCGUGCCGUUGAUGUGAUGGACGUGAGCACUCAGAAAGGCUCUGAGAUGAGCAUGGCCCAGUUUGCCCGCUACUAUGAGACGCCUGAGGAGGAGCGGGACAAACUAUUUAAUGUUAUCAGCCUGGAGUUCAGCCACACCAAACUGGAGAACCUCGUCAAGAGGCCCACUGUGGUGGAUCUAGUGGACUGGGUGGACAACAUGUGGCCCCUUAAACUGAAACAAAGACAAACUGAAGCCACUAAUGUCAUCUCAGAGAUGAAGUACCCCAAAGUACAGAAGUACUGUUUGAUGAGCGUGAAGGGCUGCUAUACUGACUUCCACAUUGAUUUCGGGGGCACGUCUGUGUGGUAUCACGUGUUCAAGGGAGGAAAGGUGUUCUGGCUGAUGCCUCCGACACCUCAUAACCUUGCCCUGUAUGAGGACUGGGUUCUGUCAGGCAAGCAGAGUGACGUCUUCCUGGGAGAUCGUGCAGAUGGCUGCCAGAGAGUUGAGCUAAAGCAGGGCUACACCUUCUUCAUCCCCUCCGGCUGGAUUCAUGCAGUCUACACCCCCGAGGACACACUGGUGUUCGGAGGCAACAUUCUGCACAGCUUUAACAUUCCCAUGCAACUCUCAAUCUAUGAGAUAGAGAACAGGACUAAGGUUCAUUCCAAGUUCCGCUACCCGUUCUACAAUGAGAUGUGCUGGUAUGUCCUGGAGAGGUACGUGCACUGCCUGACCAAGCGCUCCCAUCUCGCUCCGGAGUUUCACAGAGAUCCUCUGCUAAUCGAUUUGGAGACGAAGCUGAGCACUGAGAGCCCUUCCUCUGACUCGCGGAGUCAGGACAUGGACGAGGAGGACUCCUGCGAGACGCAGCAGGAACGAGAUGAACGGAGUGACAGGUCAGCAUUUGAUGACCCCUGCUCUCCUGAUAACAGGAAGGGUAAACCCAGCGUCCCUCAGCCUCUUAAAGCUGCCUUGGAUGAUAGCUGCAACCCCACCUCCAUCCAGCCUCCAGAGUUCACCAAAACCCCCUCUGGUUCGCCAGGCUCAGAGUCUCAGAGUAAAUGGACUCAUUUGACUGAGUUUGAACUGAAGGGCCUUAAGGCCCUGGUGGAGAAGCUGGAAGCACUCCCUGAAAAUAAGAAAUGUGUCCCAGAUGGUAUGGAGGACCCCCAGGCCCUGCUGGAUGACAUGAAGGUUGUCUUGAAGGAACAUGAAGACGAUGAUCCCAAAAUGGCUGCCACUGGUGUACCUGUGGUGUGCUGGCCCAAGAAGUCUACCAAGCAGCAGAGACCUCCCAACAGGCCCAAACCCAAAAUGGCGGCCUCGUCUCCUGUGCCUGCGGUCAAGCUGUCGGCCAGCCGGAACACGUCUGGGGCCCGGAGAAGGAGGACGCGAUGUCGGAAGUGUGAGGCGUGCCUGAGGACAGAGUGUGGAGAAUGCCACUUCUGUAAAGACAUGAAGAAGUUUGGAGGGCCGGGUCGCAUGAAACAGUCCUGCAUCAUGAGGCAGUGUAUCGCGCCUGUCCUGCCCCACACUGCGGUGUGUCUGGUGUGUGGGGAGGCAGGGAAGGAGGACACGGUGGAGGAAGAGGAGGACAAAUUUAACCUCAUGCUCAUGGAGUGCUCCAUCUGCAAUGAGAUAGUCCAUCCCCUCUGCCUAAAGGUGAAGAAUUCUGCUGGAGUUGUAAAUGAAGAGUUGCCAAACUGCUGGGAGUGUCCAAAAUGCAACCAUGCAGGGAAGACCGGGAAAUUGUCUUCCCUUGUUUCUUCCCUUUUGGCUGUCAAGCAAAAAAGAGGACCAGGAUUCAAGUACGCGUCCAACCUUCCCGGGUCGCUGCUGAAGGACUCGCGAUUGAACCGUGACGUUAAGGAAGAGUCCGACCUGCCCAGUGUGCCAACAUCACCCACUGCAGUGAAGAGGAAGGCAGAGCGUGAUGACACCCCCAAGAGGAAAGCAGAGGAAUAUCCUCCUCUGAAGAAACGUUCUCCCAUGUUGUCUCUGGGUGGGCUACCUCAUCCCCGACCCAGGCCUGAGGACAACCCUCUGAGGAAGAAGAGGAAGCUGUUCGACAUCAAAGAUGAGGACGAGCCUCCUGUUGUCAAGAAAAAGAAGAAGCCCCCAAAACCUGAUGACACCUUCACCUCCAAGCUGUUACGGCCCAUCAAGCAAGAGAAAGUUGAUGAGGACGAAGACCAUGAAGAUGACAGAUACACAGGGGACAGGGUUGCAGCUAAAGGGAAAAGAGAAGAGGAGGAAGAUAAGGAGGAUGAUGAGGAGGAAGAAGAGGAGAAAGAUGGUGUAGAGGACAGUAAAGAUGGUAAAGUAAAGACUAUGCUGAGUCCACUGCUACGGACGUCUGCAGCCAGAGAGAGUGACCAGUCCUGCUCCAGCUCUCCCCGGGCAGGGCCCAGCAGUGAGGGGGGCGAUGCCCCAGACAAGACACUUGGCCAGCUGAAGGCACACCAGCGUCGCCGCCUACCCAACAAAGAGCUGAGCAAGGAGCUGAGCAAAGAGCUCAACCUGGAGAUCCAGAAGACCGAGGACUGCUUGGCCAAUCAGAACCGCAGACCACUGAAGGGGGAGAACAGCCCAACCAAUAACAACCGUCGACCACUGAAGACUGAGGACUCCUCUAUCAAUCAGAACCGCAGACCACUAAAAACAGAGGACUCCCCCACCAAUCAUAACCGCAGGCCAAUUAAGACAGAGGAUGGCCUAUCCAAUCACAACCGUCGACCAUUGAAGACAGAGGACUGCUUGGCCAAUCAGAACCACAAGCCAAUGAAGACAGAGCCUGAGAGUGACGGGGAGGAGCCUAAGCCUAAACGGCCACUCGACAACGGCAGCAGUGACCUCGGAGACUGGCUCCACCCCAGGGGGCGGGAGGUGAAUGGGACGCCCCGCCAGCUCUCGCCCCUGGGGUGGAACCGCAGCCCUCCGAUCACACCUAUUUGCCCACGCCCCCAUCCCUGCCAUUCACCGCCCAAGUGUGUACAGAUGGAGCGUCACGUGAUCCGGCCGCCUCCCAUCAGCCCCCCACCAGACAGACUUCCCCUGGAUGACGGACAGGCCCACGUGAUGCGCAGGGAGGUGUGGAUGGUCGUGUUCAGCCACCUCGCACACAGAGACCUGUGUGUCUGCAUGCGUGUCUGCAAGACCUGGAACAGAUGGUGCUGUGAUAAGAGGCUGUGGACGCGGGUCGAUCUGAACCGCUGUAAGUCCAUCACUCCCCUCAUGCUGAGUGGCAUCAUCCGCAGACAGCCUGUGGCUCUGGACCUCAGCUGGACCAACAUCUCCAAGAAGCAGCUCAGCUGGCUCAUCAACAGGCUGCCAGGUCUGCGGAUGCUGCUGCUCUCAGGCUGCUCCUGGGUGGCUGUGUCUGCCCUCUGCACCGCCAGCUGCCCGCUGCUGCGGACCCUGGACGUCCAGUGGGUAGAGGGUCUCAAAGAUGCCCAGAUGAGGGAUCUGCUCUCACCCCCCACAGACAACAGACCAGGUCAGCUGGACAACAGGAGUAAGCUGCGAAAUGUGGUGGACCUGCGUCUGGCCGGGCUGGACAUCACGGACACCUCUCUGCGCCUCCUCAUCCGCUACAUGCCCCAGCUGACCAGACUGGACCUGAGCUACUGCAACCACGUCACUGACCAGUCAGUCAACAUCCUGACCGCUGCAGGGACCACCACCAGAGACUCGCUCACUGACAUCAACCUCUCCGUGUGCAACAGAGUCACGGACCAGUCCCUGACUUACUUCAAGCGCUGUGGAAGCAUUUGUCAUAUUGACUUGCGAUACUGCAAGCAGGUGACCAAAGAGGGCUGCGAGCAAUUCAUUGCUGAGAUGUCAGUGAGUGUACAGUUUGAACUAGUAGAGGAGAAACUACUGCUGAAACUCAGCUAGUGGACAAACAGCAGGUUGACGAAGACUGUACUGUAUGCACUGGCUAGCUAGGAAACUCGUCAGAUUAAGGAACUGGCAAGGGUGAUGUUAUCACCAUGGAGACGGUGUUGUAUUUCACGCACCUCUGUGCAAAAAAACAACCUACAUUGGAAAUGGCAUAAGACAUUUUAAAAGUGACUGUUGCCCUGAUACUCAUUGAAUGGCUCUUGUGCUGCAGAAGCAAGAAUGUUUUCCAAAACAGGAUGUUCAAUAUGUAAGGCAGGACACCUGGCUGUACUGGAAAUUUGACAGAGCAUGUUUUUUUUUCUUCCUUUGUCUUUGCUAAGAUAUUGAAGUAUUUAUUUUUUUCUUUCUGCAAGUGAACUCUAUACAUACAUACAUACAUACAUACAUACAGUGGGGCAAAAAAGUAUUUAGUCAGCCACCAAUUGUGCAAGUUCUCCCACUUAAAAAGAUGAGAGAGGCCUGUAAUUUUCAUCAUUGGUACACUCCAACUAUGACAGACAAAAUGAGGGAAAAAAAUCUAGAAAAUCACAUUGUAGGAUUUUGUAAUGAAUUUAUUUGCAAAUUAUGGUGGAAAAUAAGUAUUUGGUCAGCUACAAACAAGCAAGAUUUCUGGCUCUCACAGACCUUCUUUAAGAGGCUCCUCUGUCCUCCACUCGUUACCUGUAUUAAUGGCACCUGUUUGAAAUUGUUAUCAGUAUAAAAGACACCUGUCCACAACCUCAAACAGUCACACUCCAAACUCCACUAUGGCCAAGACCAAAGAGCUGUCAAAGGACACCAGAAACAAAAUUGUAGACCUGCACCAGGCUGGGAAGACUGAAUCUGCAAUAGGUAAGCAGCUUGGUUUGAAGAAAUCAACUGUGGGAGCAAUUAUUAGGAAAUGGAAGACAUACAAGACCACUGAUAAUCUCCCUCGAUCUGGGGCUCCACGCAAGAUCUCACCCCGUGGGGUCAAAAUGAUCACAAGAACGGUGAGCAAAAAUCCCAGAACCACAUGGGGGGACCUAGUGAAUGACGUGCAGAGAGCUGGGACCAAAGUAACAAAGCCUACCAUCAGUAACACACUACGGCGCCAGGGACUCAAAUCCUGCAGUGCCAGACGUGUCCCCCUGCUUAAGCCAGUACAUGUCCAGGCCCGUCUGAAGUUUGUUAGAGAGCAUUUGGAUGAUCCAGAAGAAUAUUGAAGAAUAUUGGGAGAAUGUCAGAUGGUCAGAUGACCAAAAUAUAACUUUUUGGUAAAAACUCAACUCGUCGUGUUUGGAGGACAAAGAAUGCUGAGUUGCAUCCAAAGAAUAUCAUACCUACUGUGAAGCAUGGGGUAGAAACAUCAUGCUUUGGGGCUGUUUUUCUGCAAAGGGACCAGGACGACUGAUCCGUGUAAAGGAAAGAAUGAAUGGGGCCAUGUAUCGUGAGAUUUUGAGUGAAAACCUCCUUCCAUCAACAAGGGCAUUGAAGAUGAAAUGUGGCUGGGUCUUUCAGCAUGACAAUGAUCCCAAACACACCACCCAGACAAUGAAGGAGUGGCUUCGUAAGAAGCAUUUCAAGGUCCUGGAGUGGCCUAGCCAGUCUCCAGAUCUCAACCCAUAGAAAAUCUUUGGAGGGAGUGGAAAGUCCGUGUUGCCCAGCAACAGCCCCAAAACAUCAUUGCUCUAGAGGAGAUCCGCAUGGAGGAAUGGGCCAAAAUACCAGCAACAGUGUGUGAAAACCUUACAGAAAACGUUUGACCUCUGUCAUUGCCAACAAAGGGUAUAUAACAAAGUAUUGAGAUAAACUUUGACCAAAUACUUAUUUUCCACCAUAAUUUGCAAAUGAAUUCAUAAAAAAUCCUACAACGUGAUUUUCUGGAUUUUUCCCUCAUUUUGCUUGUCAUAGUUGAAGUGUACCUAUGAUGAAAAUUACAGGCCUCUCUCAUAUUUUUAAGUGGGAGAACUUGCACAAUUGGUGGCUGACUAAAUACUUUUUUGCCCCACUGUACGUACGUACAUACAUACAUACAUACAUACAUACAUACAUACAUACAUACAGUUGAAGUCGGAAGUUUACAUACACCUUAGCCAAAUACAUGUAAACUUUUUUUCACAAUUCCUGACAUUUAAUCCUAGUAAUAAUUCCAUGUCUUAGGUCAGUUAGGAUCACCACUUUAUUUUAAGAAUGUGAAAUGUCAGAAUAGUAGUCGAGAGAAUGAUUUAUGUCAGCUUUUAUUUCUUUCAUCACAUUCCCAGUGGGUCAGAAGUUUACAUACACUCAAUUAGUAUUUGGUAGCUUUGCCUUUAAAUUGUUUAACUUGGGUCAAAUGUUUCGGGUAGCCAUCCACAAGCUUCCCACAAUAAGUUGGGUGAAUUUUGUCCUGUUCCUCCUGACAGAGCUGGUGUGACUGAGUCAGGUUUGUAGGCCUCCUUGCUCGCACACACUUUUUCAGUUCUGCCCACAAUUUUUUUAUAGGAUUGAGGUCAGGGCUUUGUGAUGGCCACUCCAAUACCUUGACUUUGUUGUCCUUAAGCCAUUUUGCCACAACUUUGGAAGUAUACUUGGGGUCAUUGUCCAUUUGGAAGAUGCCUUUGCGACUAAGCUUUAACUUCCUGACUGAUGUCUUGAGAUGUUGCUUCAAUAUAUCCACAUGCUUUUCCCACCUCAUGACCCCAUCUAUUUUGCGAUGUGCAUGUGCAACAUGAUGCUGCCACUCUUGUGGUUCACGGUUGGGAUGGUGUUCUUCAGCUUGCAAGCCUCUCCCUUUUUCCUCCAAACAUAACGAUGGUCAUUAUGGCCAAUCUGUUCUAUUUUUGUUUCAUUCUCCAAAAAGUACGAUCUUUGUCCCCAUGUGCAGUUGCAAACCAUAGUCUGGCUUUUUUUAUGGCGGUUUUGGAGCAGUGGCUUCUUCCUUGCUGAGCGGCCUUUCAGGUUAUGUCGAUAUAGGACUCGUUUUACUGUGGAUAUAGAUACUUUUGUACCUGUUUCCUCCAGCAUCUUCACAAGGUCCUUUGCUGUUGUUCUGGGAUUGAUUGGCACUUUUCGCACCAAAGUACGUUCAUCUCUAGGAGACAGAACGCAUCUCCUUCCUGAGCGGUAUGCCGGCUGCAUGGUCCCAUGGUGUUUAUACUUGCAUACUAUUGUUUGUACAGAUGAACGUGGUACCUUCAGGCCUUUGGAAAUUGCUCCCAAGGAUGAACCAGACUUGUGGAGGUCUACAAUUUCUUUUCUGAGGUCUUGGCUGAUUUCUUUUGAUUUUCCCAUGAUGUCAAGCAAAGAGGCACUGUGUUUGAAGGUAGGCCUUGAAAUACAUCCACAGGUACACCUCCAAUUGACUCAAAUGAUAUAAAUUAGCCUAUUAGAAGCUUCUAAAGCCAUGACAUCAUUUUCUGGAAUGUUCCAAGCUUCUGACUCACUGGAUUUGUGAUACAGUGAAUUAUAAGUGAAAUAAUCUGUCUGUAAACAAUUGUUGGAAAAAUGACUUGUAUCAUGCACAAAGUAGAUGUCCUAACCUACUUGCCAAAAUUACAGUUUAUUAAAAAGACAUUUGUGGAGUGGUUGAAAAAUGAGUUUUAAUGACUCCAACCUAAGUGCAUGUAAACUUCAACUAUAUAUAUAUAUAUAUAUAUACACACACAAUACCAUUCAAAAGUUUGGGGUAAUUUAAAAAUGUCCUUAUUUUUUAAAGAAAAUCCUAUUUUUUUGUCUGUUUAAAAUAACAUAAAAUUGAUCAGAAAUGCAGUGUAGACAGUGUUAAUGUUGUAAAUGACUAUUGUAGCUGGAAACGGCAGAUUGUUUAUGGAAUAUCUACAUAGGCGUACAGAGGCCCAUUAUCAGCAACCAUCACUCCUGUGUUACGAUGCCACGUUGUGUUAGCUAAUCCAAGUUUAUAAUUUGAAAAGGCUAAUUGAUCAUUAGAAAACCCUUAUGGAAUUAUGUUAACACAGCUGAAAACUGUUGUGCUGAUUUAAAGAAGAAAUACAACUGAGCAAGAGGACAAGUACAUAAGAAUGUCUAGGUUGUGAAACAGACGCCUCACACGUCCUCAACUGGCAGCUUCAUUAAAUAGUACCCGCAAAACAUCGUCAACAGUGAAGAGGCGACUCCAGGAUGCUGGCCUUCUUGGCAGAGUUGCAAAGAAAAAGCCAUAUCUCAGACUGGCCAAUAAAAAAAAGAAGGUUAAGAUGGGCAACAGAUCACAGACACUGGACAGAGGAACUCUGCCUAGAAGAGCAGUAUCCCGGAGUCGCCUCUUCACUGUUGACGUUGAGACUGGUGUUUUUAAAAACAAGGACAUUUUUAAGUGACACCAAACUUUUGAACGGUAGUGUAUGUAUGUACGUACGUACACACACACACACACACACACACACACACUGAGUGAAAAAAACAUUAGGAACACCUUCCUAAUAUGGAGUUGCACCAUUUUGCCCUCAACAGCCUCAUUACGUUGGGGACUCUACAAGGUGUCAAGUUUUCUCCAAUGCUUCCUACAGUUGUGUCAAGUUGGCUGGAUGUACUUUGGGUGGUGGAUCAUUCUUGAUACACACGGGAAACUGUUGCGUGUGAAAAACCCAGCAGUGUUGCAGUUCUUGCCUCACUCAAACUGGUGUGCCUGGCUCCUACUACCGUAACCUUUUGAAAGGCACUUAAAUCUUUUGUCUUCCCAUUCCACUUCUGAAUGGCACACAUACAUAAGACAUGUCUCAAUUGUUGCAAGGCUUAGAAAUCCUUUUAUAACGGGUCUCCUCCCCUUCAUCUACACUGGUUUGAAGUGGAUUUAACAUCACAUUAAUAAGGGACCAUAGCUUUCACCGGGAUUCACCUGGUCAGUCUGUCAUGGAAAGAGCAGGUGUUCUCUUUCCAUGAGGAAUGAUUGUUUUGGGUUAAAAACCACUCCAGGCCACUCUUGAACAUCUAAAAAUAUCUGACCUGCAAAUUUGCUUUUGACGAACACAUCGUUCCGAAAAUAAAUCUUUGCGGCUCAACGUUUAAUUUUGAAAAGUCGAUGUGGCCCUGGAGCCAAAAUGAUAGGCCACCCCUGGUGUACACAAUGGUCAUGUUUUUCUCAUUUUGUUAAUGAUUUUCUUUUGUUGCAGCGCACCGUUUAUGCAUUAGAACAAUCUUUUUAAUCAAAGUGUUUCAUACUUUUGUGCAGUACUGAAUGCACUGAUUUACAUGUACCAUUUUGAUUGAAAAGUGUCAAUCUGCCUCACUGUUUGUUUUUUACUAUUUAGACUCAAACCUCUGAAGAUUUAUGCCAAUAGAGCAGUAGCUUGUUUUCUGUGCAGGUGUUUUAUAUUGUAUUUAUUUAAGUGCUGCUAUUUCAUUUUGAUAUUUGUAUUUGUCUGUACACAGGUACUUUCUCCUUUCCAUAGAACAGUUGUUUUUACUCCACUUCAAUUUCUAAAUAUCUAUAAAAAUCGAUUUCCACUGAUUGACAAUUUGUUUUAUAUUACUGUACUUUCCCAGGUUUAUCAAGCCAGUGUGAGUUGGCACCAGUGACCGUUUGCUAGAGGAAGCAUCAUGAGACUGAUUUAAAGUCUACUGUCAAUCAGUCUCCGUAUACUAGGCUGUUUUUAAUUGUAUUUAUUUUUUACAAGGGAUUCUCACACCUAUAGAUGCAGGUUUUAAAGACAUGCUCCUGAACUUUGCUGACUAGUGAGUCUUUUUUAAACCUCACACUUUCGACUGAAUGUGUCAAUGCCGUUCAUACAUGCAUAAUCUAUGAACAGAAUUACUGUUCCAUGAAAUCGCUAGUUUGAAAGUGACUGUUUACUGGAAACUGUAGGCUCUGCCAUUUUCCCCUCACGUGGGCUUGCCCCCUAGCAAUUUGGGCUUCAGCCCCUCGCAAUCAAAUUGUAUUUGUCACGUGCGCCGAAUACAAUGGUUGUAGACUUAACCGUAUAAUGCUUGAGUGACAGCUAGCAAGAUGUACACAUAAUAGAGAGAGAAAGCAAUGAUGUGGUAUGCCAUUUUCGGGGACCAGUUUUAUCUUAUGAGCACUACUUUCAGAGCUACUGGCUAAAAAGUAUACAGAAGUACUGAAGAAUCUCUUUAACCAGACACAGUAUAGUAUGUGUAUAUGGCAUAAUAAUAACCUGCAUACACAAGUAAAGCCACUACUUACUACUGGUGUAAUAUAAGGAAUGUAGUCAGUUACCUGUCAGACACUGACGUACAGUUCCCCAGUUUGUAUUUAACUCGUGUUAAUUACAGGAAAUAACAAAAGUAUGGCUACUGGGGGGUCCUAAUGUGUAUAUAAAUCUACUUUUUUUGUAUGAGGACAGGCCUAACUACCAACCAUGUCUUCCCUGUGCAGUUGGGAAAUAUUUUAGUACUAGUAUGUCAUUGGUUCAACUGUAUAUACUGUAUAGAGAACUGUUUGUGACUUGAGUUAUAAAAAUUCAUUCUAAAUACUGAACUCUAUUUUUGGUCAUGUUUCCACGAUCGUCUUAAUUUAUCUUUUUGGUCAUGUUUAUAAGCAUUGAGUGCAAUAUGUAAACAAAAACAUUUGUGAAAUAUGUUUAAAGUAUGUCAUAUGUUGGAUUAUCUAUUCACGGUUUUUACAUUCUGAAAUAAAGACCUUAAACAUCAA